AUGUGCCAGGACAGCAAGGUGAGGACAACGGAGUCCAGCCCCCCAGCCCCUGCCAAGGCCAGAAAGUCACUGCCUGUCCUGGACCCAUCGGGGGAUUACUACUACUGGUGGCUGAACACGAUGGUCUUCCCAGUCAUGUAUAAUCUCAUCAUCGUUGUCUGCAGAGCCUGUUUUCCUGACUUGCAGCAUGGUUAUCUGGUGGCUUGGUUCGUGCUGGACUACACAAGUGACCUUCUGUACUUGCUGGAUAUCAUAGUGCGCUUUCACACAGGAUUCUUAGACCAGGGCAUCCUAGUGCUGGACAAGGGGAGGAUCUCGAGUCGCUAUGUUCGCACCUGGAGCUUCUUGCUGGACCUGGCUUCCCUGGUGCCCACGGACUUGGCCUACCUGCGCCUGGGCCCACACGUACCCACUCUGCGGCUGAACCGGUUUCUCCGGGUGACCCGCCUCUUCGAGGCCUUCGACCGCACAGAGACACGCACAGCUUACCCCAAUGCCUUUCGCAUCGCCAAGCUGAUGCUUUACAUUUUUGUCGUCAUUCACUGGAACAGCUGUCUGUACUUUGCCCUGUCACGGUACCUAGGCUUCGGGCGAGACGCGUGGGUAUACCCAGACCCUGCACAGCCUGGCUUUGAGCGCCUGCGGCGCCAGUACCUCUACAGCUUCUACUUCUCCACGCUAAUCCUGACCACUGUGGGAGACACGCCACUGCCAGCCCGGGAGGAGGAGUACCUCUUCAUGGUGGGCGACUUCCUGCUAGCCGUCAUGGGUUUUGCCACCAUCAUGGGCAGCAUGAGCUCUGUCAUCUAUAACAUGAACACAGCCGACGCAGCUUUUUACCCAGACCAUGCGCUAGUGAAGAAGUACAUGAAGCUGCAGCAUGUCAACCGCCGGCUGGAGCGACGAGUUAUUGACUGGUACCAGCACCUGCAGAUCAAUAAGAAGAUGACCAAUGAGGUCGCCAUCCUACAGCACCUGCCUGAGCGGCUGAGGGCAGAAGUGGCUGUGUCUGUGCAUCUGUCUACUCUGAGCCGGGUACAGAUCUUCCAGAACUGUGAGGCCAGCCUGCUGGAGGAGCUGGUGCUGAAGCUGCAGCCCCAGACCUACUCACCUGGAGAAUAUGUGUGUCGCAAGGGGGACAUUGGCCGAGAAAUGUAUAUCAUCCGUGAGGGUCAGCUGGCCGUGGUGGCAGAUGAUGGCAUCACACAGUAUGCUGUGCUCGGUGCAGGCCUCUACUUUGGGGAGAUCAGCAUCAUCAACAUUAAAGGAAAUAUGUCUGGGAACCGCCGCACAGCCAACAUCAAGAGCCUAGGUUAUUCAGACUUGUUCUGCCUGAGCAAGGAGGACCUAAGGGAGGUACUGAGUGAGUAUCCACAAGCUCAGGCCAUCAUGGAGGAGAAGGGCCGCGAGAUCCUGCUCAAAAUGAACAAGUUGGAUGUGAAUGCCGAGGCAGCUGAGAUUGCCCUUCAGGAGGCCACGGAGUCCCGACUACGGGGCCUUGAUCAGCAGCUUGAUGAUCUACAGACCAAGUUUGCUCGCCUCCUGGCUGAGUUGGAGUCCAGCGCCCUGAAGAUUGCCUACCGCAUUGAACGACUGGAAUGGCAAACUCGAGAGUGGCCAAUGCCAGAGGAUGCAGCUGAAGCUGAUGAUGAGGGUGAGCCUGGAGAGGGAGCUUCCAAGGAGGGAGUGGAAAGGACUGGCCAGGAGAGACCCCUAGGCCCAGAGCUGUAGCAAAGCCUGACAGCAGAAACACUGCCCAGGGUGUUUGCUGAGGUGUAGAGACUGGAAUGAAUUGGUCUGUUAAUGCUCAGCUAAAAAUGCCCAGCUAAAAACUCUCCAGGACACCCAUGCAAAUACUCAUUACGCAUGCACACGCUGGCCCAAACUGUGCAUUCCACACAGAAUGCUUUGGAAUUCCUGUUCUCAGAGCACACAUGCUUUCUCACAAGCUUAGAUAGUUUUACACCACAGAGUAUUUUCACAUGCAGUCAUACACAUCCUAAAUACACACAUGCUGACAGUCACACACAAAUAGGCACAUAGAUGCCCAGUAGGGAUAGGCACAUACUUGUGAAAACAUAAAAGCAUACCCAAAGCAUCUUUGUCCAAGAUGUUCUUCUCAUGCUCUCCACAGGGGUGAUUCACAAUGGUACCUGCGGGUUAUACUUCAAGAAAGCAUUUGCCUCCUAACCAAGUAUGUGUGGG